AUGGGGUCAAAAUUAUCUUAUUGCAUCGGUAGCAUAAGGGAUCCCAACUACCCUCAUAACAAAUUAGUCUUAGGCGAUGGUGCAAAGAUAGAAGGCACUUCAACUCCACUAGAAGUCUACAAUGAACUUUACUAUCUAACCCUAGAGAGCAUCAGCCUCGCGGAAAGACGGCUUGAAAUUGAUCCAGAAAUCUUCAAGAGAACAGAAUCAGGCUCGGGUGGAACAGUCAUCGAUUCCGAAACAAUAGUAACCUUCUUAGCCACAAGUGCACACGUUGUGCUUAGAGAUAAAGUGCAAAAGUUGCUUGAUGGAAGAUUGGAAAAAGUGGAAAAGCCCGGUGUUCCUUCAGUACAAGUAUCUCCUGAGGGCAGUGACUUGAACGUUGUUGGGAUUAUGGCACAGCAGCAUUACAAUGUUGCCUAUGAUCUUGCUGCAAGCCAGGUUUACUUCCAGAGUAUUGAUUGUCAACUUCUUGAUGAUUAA